AUGGCUGACGGCCCCGUCGCUGCCACCGACGAGGCUCUUCGCGCUGCUGCCGAAGAGCUUCUCGAAGCCCAAGACGAACACGACUUUGAACUCGCCAUCGCCCACUCCCUCGAAGACGGUCCCGACGACGCCCACACGAGCCCCGCAGAGAAGCAGGAAGCUUGGAAGAAGGUCGAAGCUUCGCAGAAAAAGGUCGAGGAUAAGAAGCGACAGAAGCAAAGCUUGGAGAAGUCUUUACAGGCGGCCAAGAAAGCGGCCGAGAACGCACGCAACCCUUCGAGCAAGAAGAACGGCAAGAUGGAUACGUUUCCGAUCGAUAUCAACGGCUGGGGAGCCACAUAUCCGUAUAGGCCGCCGAAUGCCGCCAGCUCCUCAACGGUUCAAAGCAUUCCGAGGACCCCUUGGGACAUGGGCAGCUCAGGUUAUGCACAGCCUUCCCCUGCUGGCAGCUCCUUCACCCCGCAGUUUUUCGGCAACGAUGGUGGUCGAUCUACGCCCUCCAACAACAAGAGAUCGCACGGAUCUACCUCUUUCGACUAUUCUAGUCAGGGUCGCAACAAGGCUCCGCGCACUAACGAUGCGUCGGCGGACGUCAUCGACCUUACGGGGGACGAUGACUCGAUCAACGCAUCCGUCUCGCGCUCGAGACAGCAAUACCACCAGCAAAGACACCAACGGCCCUCAGCGGCGAGCAGCUGGCAGAGUGGCCCAGCAGAUAUGUUGUCUGGUGGCUCGGCGUUCGGAUCAAGCCCCAUCCCUCCCGAGUUGGACUUCCAGUCCGGCUUUGACCAGUUUACGAGCCAGUACUUGAACGGCUUUCCUGACGCGGGCCCAGCCUACAAUCAGAUGAAAAACUUUGCAGGGUCUUCAUCUCGAGCAAGCGCUACAACCAACCCCGGCUUCGAUUCCAUGCCCUCCAUGCCCGGAGCCUUCAUCUCAGACGAGGAGGAGGAUUAUGAAAGUCCCUUCGUUUCUGCCAGCCAGUACCUCCGCGGACAAAGCCACCCUUACCAGCCCGCUCUCAGCACCGCUGAAGUCAUCAGUAGAACUAGGAAUUUCAACUUCAUGGAUCUGACUGACGGGUCGGGAAAUCCCCUGGAUGCUCGUGUUGCGUCAAUCAUGCAGGAUAUCCACGACGACCCUCGUAGAUCCCGAGAAGAAGUCGAGGCGCUCUUGAAAAACGUGCACGCAGGCAUGGACAUCCCCGAGGAGGAUCGCGAGGGAACACCGGAUGCCAUGAGAUAUCCUCUCUACGCUCACCAGAGAGUUGCUCUCACUUGGAUGAAGCGUCAGGAGAACGGAACCAAUAAGGGAGGCAUUCUUGCCGACGACAUGGGCCUGGGAAAAACGAUCUCUGUCCUGUCCUUGCUGGUAUCUCAUAAGGCAGAGUCCGGCCCCAAAACGACCCUCAUCGUGGCCCCACUCUCUCUCAUUCGGCAGUGGGAAGAGGAGAUCAAAAAGAAGAUCAAGUCGGACGAUGCCCUUUCGGUUUUUGUGUUCCACAACCAGCAAAGGAUGAAGGCAACGGAGCUCAUGAAGUACGAUGUCGUCUUGACUACUUACGGAACUUUGGUGUCCGACAAGAAGAAGCUGGCAAACUGGUGGAAGGAUCUGAACGGGCGCCAAGCCAACACAAAGACGGAUCCUAGUCUCGCCAGCGCAGUCUCCUUCUUCCACCCCAAUCAUUCGAUGUUCUACCGUGUGGUUCUGGAUGAGAGUCAGAUGAUCAAGAACCACAAAGCGCAGUCAUCCAACGCGGCUGCUGCGCUGCAAAGCAAGUACCGCUGGUGCCUGUCAGGAACUCCGAUGAUGAAUGGCGUCGACGAACUCUACUCACUGUACAAUUUCCUCAAGAUCAAGCCGUACUGCGAGUGGACGGCGUUCCGCAGGGCUUUUGGAGUACUCUUUGGCAAGAAAGGCGACCCCAAGGCCCAGGCGAUGCGCAACCUCCAAGUUCUCCUGAAGGCAACACUCUUGCGACGCACAAAGACCUCCGAGAUUGACGGAAAGCCCAUCUUGCAGCUGCCUGAGAAGAAAGAGGAGAUUGUGUACGCCGAGUUGGACGAAGACGAGCGUCAGUACUACACGGAUCUGGAGACCAAGUCCCAAGUGCAGAUCAACAAAUACCUUCGCAAGGGUACUCUUGGCAAGCACUACUCACACGUUCUUGUGCUACUGCUUCGUCUGCGCCAGACUUGCUGCCACCCUCACCUUCUUCUUGACUCGGACGAGGCGGUUCCUGACGUAGAUGAUGGGAUGCUGGAGCGCGUGAAGCAACUUUCUCAUGCAGUCGUUCUUCGACUCACUGAGAAGUCUCGCGCUCUCGAUAACGCCAACGCCGACGCUAUUGACGAAGGCUUUGAGUGCCCCAUCUGCUACGACAUAAUGCCGGAUCCUACCAUUCCCCUUCCGUGUGGUCAUGAGCUUUGCGCUGGCUGCCUGAAGCAGCACGUUGACAACGCCAGACGCGACAACAUUCGGAACGGUGAGGAAAACGGGCACGUUAAGUGCGCUGUCUGCAGAGGCCCGCUCGAUCCGCAAAACAUCAUCACCUUCUCGGCGUUCAAGAAGGUUCACAUGCCUGACGAGAAUAGCGGAAGUUCAGAAGAGGGUGAAGAGUCUGACGGCUCUGUUUGGAGCGACGAUGAGGAAGACGAAGACGACGAGGACGCCGAGGACGCUGACAAGAACGGCGACCUCAAAGACUUUGUCGUCGGCGACGACAUCUACGAUAAGAUUAGUGAUGAUGAUGACGAUAGCUCGUCCGCCGGCCCACAUGCCACUCCGGAGCCGAAGCGAAAGGCGUCUGAGAAGAAGGGCAAGAAGAAGAUUACAUCUCCUAGUAAGGAGGACAAGAAGAGACUGAAGAAGAUCAAGGGUACCAUGUUGCACUCUCUCCGCAAAGACGCCAAGAAGAACGCUACUGCCUGGCGAGAUUACACCAAGUACCUCAGCCACCACUGGCUCAGCUCGGCCAAGGCAAGGGCUUGCAUGGAUCUUCUGCGCCGGAUCCAGGAGACUGGCGAGAAGACCAUUGUGUUCUCUCAAUGGACCAUGUUGCUGGAUCUUCUCGAGGUGGCCAUGAAGAAGGACGGCCUCAACAUUAAGCAUUGCCGCUACACGGGCGAGAUGACCAUGGCCCAGCGCGACAACGCCGCUUUCGAUUUCACGACCGACCCUAGAAUCAAAGUCAUGCUGGUCUCUCUGCGAGCUGGAAAUGCUGGUCUCAACCUCGUUGCCGCUUCCAACGUCGUGAUCAUGGAUCCAUUCUGGAACCCCUACAUUGAGAUGCAGGCUAUUGACCGAGCACAUCGUAUUGGUCAACAGAAGCCAGUCAAGGUCUACCGCAUCCUGACCCAGCAGACGGUCGAGGACCGUAUUGUGCAGCUUCAAGAGAAGAAGCGCGAGACCGUUGAUGCUGCUUUAGAUGAGCGCGAGGGUGCCAAGUUGGCCGGCCUGAGCUUGACGGAACUGCGUUUCCUGUUCAACCUCUAA